AUGAUCGGUAAAUGGCACCUUGGCAUCAACGAAGUGAACAGCACCGACGGAGCUCACUUGCCCUCGAAACGGGGUUUCGACUUUGUCGGUCUUAAUCUACCGUUUACCAACACAUGGGCUUGCGAUACUACGCAGGUACGGAUUUUUGGCUUCUUAUUGUUUGUUUGCCUGAACGAAUUUCAGAGAAAACACUUGUUCAGUUUGAUUCAUAGAAAGAUCUUAUUCCGGAAACAAAUAAUCCCCGAUUGGGCGCCCAAAAGCUUCCGCUUGUACUGUUCACCAUUUUCCGUUCACCAUCGACGUAUGCGGGUGGUGAUGUCAAACGAAACACGGUUCCUGACAUCAUCUCACGCAUACAACAAUGGACAUAGCGUGAAAGACAGGUAG